AUGUCUUCCGUCAAAUACUCUGCCCCCGACGCCGGUGGCCAACCCGAUCCAUUGAGCCAGGCCAAAACCGCGGAUGACUACUGGGCCCAAGCAGAAGAGAUUCUCAAGCGACUGAGGAGGAUACUAGCGGAGCGGCCUGCAAUCGACGUUCCGGGCCAAGACAUUGCUACCGUCCGUUGGUGGAUGGACAUCGGCUAUUUGGGCAUGGAAUUCAACUGGGUCAUGGAUCGGUUCCAGCAGGAUCCCAACGUCGACCCCGCCCUACGUGCGAUGCUGCGCAGCAUUUUGAAACUGAACUCGCAGGAUGGCGGUCGGGUCGAGGAUCUUCUUCCCGGCGAGACUCCUCCUGCCGACGACAAAAUGCGCAACUCACGUGUCGAGGCUGACACUGAAAGCAACGAAGCGACCAGCAAGGACCUGGAGAUGACGAGACAGCAGAGGGCCGCUCGCGCUGCCAUUUACCUCUGGUUUCUAUCUCAAAUCAAGGAGAGCGAUGUGAUCAAGAGAGAGCAAGGUGUUGGUGCUGGCUGUGUCGCCGGCACUGAUCGCGUCCUUCGUUCUCAGUAA